AUGGACAUCGAGGAGCAAAUUGAAAAAGCAGAGAAGUUGGAUACGCCAUCGUUGGUGGGUCUGUCGAUCCGUUCGGCCGACGACCUGGUGCAUCAGAACUACAUCCACCCAGAGAAGUACAAGGGCCGUUCCAAAAGCAAGCCCAAGAAACACCUGAUCUUGGACCUGUCAAUUGGAGCGUCUUUGGACGAUUUGAUCAACGAAGGUGCGCUUCUAGGCUCUGAAGAGGAUUUCGACAAGUUUUUGGACGAUACGGGCAAGAUCAAGUCGGAUGCUAAGUACGCUCCUGAAAAGAAGAAGCCCCAGGAGGAAUCUUCCAGUGAAAGUACGCCGCAGAAAGAAGCCCCUAAGGCUGCAGACGAGCCUUUGGAACCACAGGUCAAGCUGGGCUCUGUGGAUCCGGAAAGUGUGCCCAUUUCUGCCCUGUCAACCGUGGACAAUGACAAGACAGAGCCCAAGGAGGAUCUGAUCUACGAAAACGACAACUUCUCCGCCCCCAAUUUGUCCGAAUACCAGCUUGAUCACCAGAUCGCUGACCAUUCGGACUUAUUGAGCUCGGUUCAGUCUUAUGAUCUCAGCAAGUUGCCCUCUUCUAACGAUAGAGAGCGCUCCAAGAGUAAUAACCUUGCAGACUUGCCAGCUCGUGUUCCUUCGAAUACAAGGGCUUCGCCUGCAAGAAGGGCCCCUGCUUUGGGUAAACAUUUGGACUUUGGUGAGAACGCCAACAUCAGACUGUCGGACUCAUUGCACAGUCCGUACUUUGCUUCCUAUGAGCGGUCUCCCAGCAGGUCCAGAACCGGGUUCAGGGAUAAGUCAACCGACAGAGACACCAGGCUGAAGUCUUCAACCACCUCCAAUCCACAUUUGGCCCGUGGCGAUACCUACAAGAACAUUCACCCUGACACUCCUCUCAAGUAUGAACGUCCAGCUGAUUUUGAUGUGGACGAGGAAGAAGAGGAUAGCAGAGCUACUAGACACUCGAAGCCCACUAUGGGUGAGUCCAUUGCUGCCGCCGAGGAGGAGAACCUCAAGGCUUUCCAUGGUGAGCAGGGUCUCACUAGAGAUCCAUCCUUGGUGACCACCGGUGACUACACUAACUUCAAUGUGGACACUGUGAACCGCAAUUUGGACGAAGCGUCUUUGUAUUCUGUGAGAUCAGAAUCUUCAACGAAUUACUUGAGAAGCAUUUCUAGAUCAAGAUCCAGGCAGCCUAGACACAAUGUUGAUUCCAUUAACGAGAAGAACGAUGCCAACCACGAGGAGCUCGCACAAGAGGGUGCUUUGAUUAGCGACGAUCCGUUUGACCAGGUUGAGGACCUCGACAACGUCAUGAAGAAUGCCGUGAGUCCUUCCAAGAAGCAAGAUGCCUCGGACAUCAUUGACGCUCAGAAGAAGCCAGCAGAAAAGGCGCCCAGCUUGGCUGAAACUUCUAUUACUGAAGAUGCUGAACCAAAGGCAACCGAUGCGUUGACUUCAGAGGAAAUCGAGGAAGAAAGCAAGGACACCGCUGAAGCCGAAGAGUCGAGCAAGGACAUUUACAAGGAAGACGAGUCGAGCAAAGACAUCUCCAAGGAAGACGUGUCGGGCAGGGACAUCUCCGAGGAUGAUGAGUCGAGUGCUAUUCCUCUCUCGAAGAAGUCCCCAUUGGGUGCCUCGAGCGAAGACACUUCCACAAAGGAAGCUGUCGAAGAGGAAUCUGAAAAAGCCCCUGUCAGCGAUGUUGCCGCAGAAGAAAAGGACGCUGAAACGAAGGAGCAGCUCAUUGACGAGUCUGCACCAACCGUUACAGCUAAAGAUAUCAAGAUUGACGAUUCGAAGGCUGACCAUGAGGUUCAUCGUGAUAUCGCGCCUGAGGUGAGUGAGGAAGCUCCUGAAUCAAGUGAGUCCGUGGAGAUUGACGAGCUGGCGGAAGACAAGAUCAAGGAGGCCAAAGAGCAGCUCAUAGCUGAGGAGGCACCUACUGUCACUGCGGCUGACAUCAAGCUAGACAAGAAUGAGAGAAAGGAGGUAGACGAGUCAACUGAAGAUGCUCUGAAAUCUGCGACGGAAAAGGACGUAAAGGACGAUGAGCCCUCGACCACAGCUUUACAAAGCUCCACUAAGUCAUUUGUUCAAGAGGCAGACGAGCCACUGGAAAAGGCUUCGCCAAAGGCUCUUGAUACAAGCGCUGCAGAUGAUGUAACAGCAGAAACCACAAAGAGUAAGGAAAUUCUCUCUGAUGACGAGGAGACCAAGCCAAAUUUGGUUUCUGAGCCAGUCGCAAACGUCACUGACAAGGAAGAGGCAAAGGAUAUCAAGGCCGAGGAAGAUCCUACUCCUGAAGACAAAGAUGUCGCUGAAGAGGAGGAGCCCAAACCAAGCCUUAUAGCUGAAGGCGGUGUCGAGGAAGACGAGCCUGCUGCAGAACCAGAACAGAAACUCGACGAAUCUGUUGACGAAGAAGGUAACUCUGUUGAGAAGAAGAGCGAGACAGUCAAGGAGGGUGUCGAGACUGACAAGCAUGGAGCCAAGGUUCCUGUGAUUGACUUUGACAAAGAGAAAGAGAACGUUGCUCCUGAGACAGAAGCUCCGGCCACUCAGCCUUCUCUCAUUGGUGAGACUGCCAACGACGACAAGGAGCUUGAGGCAGAGGAUGCAGAGGCCGCUGAGGCUACUACCGGCAAGGAUGUUACUAAGCCAGCUACCGUGGUAGAGAAGGAGAGGUCAAAGUAUGAUUCUGAAGAAGACAAGACGAUAGAGCCUGCCAGUGAGACCGCCUUGCCAAAGGAAGCUGUAUCUACGGAACCUGAAACUGCCAAGGAGCUCAAAAAGGACGAAGGUGACGUUGUUGAGGAGGAUGCUCCAGAAACAGAAGGUGAGAUCGUGGAUAUUAAGAAUGACGACGUUCCUACCGACAGUCAAAAGGUGAAGGCCACCGAAAUCGUCGCUGAAGAGGAGGAGGAGAAGCAGGCCUCUGAUGAAAGUGCAGAACAGAAAUUGGGGGCUCAGGAGCUGGAAAAGGCAGCAGAGACUUCUAAGGAGAAGACCACAAAGGAUGGCGAAGAUGAGGAGGCAGCAGAGACUGCCAAGGAGGAGACAACCAAGGAUGCUGACGAGGAGGAGGCAGCAGAUGUUUCUACAAAGGACGUCAAAGAGGAAUUCCCCAAAUCUGAGAAGACCACCACUGCACCUCUCGCAGACGUCAAGGACGAUUCUGAAGUGAAAGACAAGGAGGUAGUGCUGGAAAAGAGCACACCUCAGGCCGCCAGCCAGGGAUGGUUUGGCCUGAUUAAGCAGGGUCUCGGUGCUGUUGUUGGUGGUGGAGCAGCCGCAGCAGCUGCUGAUACCAAAAAGGACGAUGAGUUUGGCGUUUCUCAGGAAGAAUUGCGCAAGCACCUCCAGUCUUUGCCAGUUUACAUCUACACGUCGCUUGCUGGUGGUAUGCAAAUCAUGCAGAGGACCAACCGUCUUACGACAAUUUUGCAAGCCAAUGGCGUGAAGUUUGAGUACAAGGACUUGGGCACGGAUGAGGAGGCCAAAAAAAUCUGGAGAAGGUAUGCGCUGGGCAAGACACUUCCUGGUGUGGUUAGAGGCGACGAUUUUAUUGGCAACUGGCAGGAGAUUGACGAGCUCAACGAAGAGUACAUGCUCACACAGAGACUCUGGGAGGAGCUCUAG